UACGGCUGUAGCAGUAGCAUGCUAGUUAGCUGUGAUGCUAGGUCCCGGGUAAGUGGUGAAAAUGGGCGAUGAUCUGGACACUUUACUGGACGAAGUGGAGCGGAAGUUCUGUGGAAAAGUGUCGUUAUCCGCGGAGGAUGCACACGGCGCAGGAGCGGGACAGAAGCACGAAAAACACGGAGACGAGCAGAGAAACAGAAGUUCCAAGUGUAAAGUCCCAGUGACAAGUGACAGUGAUGAUCUUGAUGCUUUUAUAGACAAGCUACUGGAGGAAGGCUCUGGGGCAUUCGCUCCUGCAAAAACAGAAACCUCCUCCAAAGGCGCUGCUGUUGUGAAGAAACUAUCCAGUCAUUCCGGGGGUAGAAAAUGUUGUCCAGUUUUCAUUGGAGGCAGUUCAGUCCAAAGUGGAAUCGGAACAGCAACAUCUAAAAGGUCAUGUGAUCAGUUGCGGUGCACGUCAUGUGACUUCGGCGUCCUGGUGUUUGACGACUGUGAGUGGGACCGGAGCUGCGAUUACCUCUUCUUCAGGAACAACGUGCCGGAGCGCUUGAAGCUUCAGCCAAAACUGAGGAGGAGACAUGGGGCCAGGUCGUACUGCUGUCAGUGCCACUGGACCUCUGUCAGCGAGCUGAAGGAGCUGACGCCACCGCUGACAUGGGUGUGUGCCGGGAAACACCAGGACUGAAACAGGUCGGAACCA